UGGAAGAGAGCGGCAGGAAAUCCGCGCUCUUGUACAGAUGCCUCGCGGGAAAGAACAUAAUUCGUCCAUUUACAGUAGUCAAUUCCGGAUGCCAACCUGAAAAUUAAUUAAGUGUCUGGGUUACCCGGGAAAACAGUGCUGAGCAAACACAAGGAUGAUUACCACCACCACAGUUACAUGCAUGGAGAAGACAGUCCUGGCCAGGAACGGAACAAACACAUAGGCAUAGAUCCUAAUGCUUACUGAGAUAAGGUGCCGUAGUGUCCUGUCCUGAGGCUCAGUCAGCUGCUGGGGUUAAGCAUCAAUGAAUGCCACCUCAGGCCUUUGAUACAGAGAAAUUCCAUGAUCCAUCUCCUGUCGUCUGUGAGAGGCUGAAAUUAUGGGAAAAUUAUGAGUCAGAAUGGAGGAGAAAAGUGAACUGUCAUUCUGUAAAUCCCUCAGCCUGGAAACAUACUGGGAAAACCGCCUUAGCCGUUCAUUCAAAGAAUUGGGACAUUUCUAUUUUCUCUCUCAUUUCGGCAUUUUGCAUUUUAAAUGACAGUUUAAGUCACAGAGCCCUUUUGACUUUUCUGCUGCUGUGUCCGAAGGAUGCCCUACUGGGAUCUGAGUUCAAGCCGGGGGUGUAAUUGAAAAGGAAAUGCAUUUGAGGCCAAGUAUUUUAGUUUACCCACCACCCUCUUAUCUCAGCUGUGAAGAGGGAGGAUUKUCUUAUAAGUUACCCGAAACCACAGAGACAGUGGUGGGAAAAGAGGGUGGGAUAGAGUGAAAGGAGGAAAAGGAGGGGUGAGAGGAACAGUGAGCAGAGUGUGAGGGAGUGAGCGUACACAAAACCCAGACACUGGGUGACUCCUGUAACCAAGGACGAAGGUAGCAACGCAUCACAACGCCACUCUCGCCCACUGGACAUUCUAAAGAAAGGAGAGGCGAACACUCAGACUCAGAUACUCAGCAGUCUCCCAUUAUUCAGUCCUGAGCCCCUGGGGUUGGAGUGGCUGCCCUGGAGGGCUGAAGUCUUGACACAUCCAGAGUGGACUGCACUGAACACAAGACUGAUGUGGGUGGAUUGAGUUCGAUCCUCUUUCAGAGUUGACUGUUUCAGUGGUAUAAUUGUAUUGCUUUCCUCUACUGGCCGAUAUUUGCAUCUGUUUGACCAGCGAGGUCUGGACUGAGAGGGUUGUUCAGUUAGUUUGUGUCAAGGUGGAGCAGGAGGAGGCGUGGAGGAGUAACCCAAGGCAGUAAGGAGAAAGGUACAGACCAUGGGCAAAUCAAAUAGCAAGCUCAAGCAGGAGGUGGUGGAGGAACUGACCAGGAAGACCUACUUUACAGAGAAAGAGGUGCAACAGUGGUACAAAGGCUUUAUAAAGGACUGUCCAAGUGGUCAGCUGGAUGCUGUGGGCUUUCAGAACAUCUACAAGCAGUUCUUCCCUUUUGGUGACCCCACCAAGUUUGCUUCUUUUGUCUUCAACGUCUUUGAUGAAAACAAGGACGGACGCAUAGAGUUCUCUGAGUUCAUCCAGGCCCUGUCGGUGACCUCUCGGGGGACACUGGAUGAGAAGCUCAGAUGGGCUUUCAAAUUGUAUGAUCUUGAUAACGAUGGCUAUAUCACACGAGACGAGAUGUUAAACAUCGUAGAUGCCAUAUAUCUGAUGGUGGGGAACACUGUAGAGUUACCAGAAGAAGAGAAUACACCUGAGAAGAGAGUGGACCGUAUUUUUGCCAUGAUGGACAAGAAUGCUGAUGGCAAGUUGACCCUGCAGGAGUUUCAGGAGGGUUCCAAGGCAGACCCCUCCAUUGUGCAGGCACUGUCACUGUACGAUGGGCUGGUAUAAGGCAGAAAGUGUUUGAUUCCCAAGUGAAUCUAACACAGUGCCAUCACACCUGCUAUGAGAAGAAGCAUCUACAAACAUCAACAUCCCUCCAUGCACCAUCCAGAAGGAGACGUGGGAGGGUGAGGAGGCGGGCACGGACUUGUGUAAUACUGUCCUCAAUUGCACAUAUUCAUCUCCACUAAGCAUUGAAAACAACUCUGAGCCCUCUGAUAUUACAACAUGUAAAAUAAAACAAGGGCAAGAGGGUAAGAGACACUGAACGUAACAUGCGAGGAAGGAAUUUGUUGAUGGUAUAUGUCUGUGGACUUCAUUCAAGAACUCAAACAAGGGAUGGACAGCACUGAAGACCAGCUUUAGAGAGAGUGUAAAGGUUGUUAUUCCCUGUGGUCUACACUGGAGGAUACCCCUUGAGGUGUGUGUGAACUGUGAACGGCGCUCAACAGAGCCCUAGUGGUGUUACUGACAUGUGGAGAGCUGUCACAUGGCUACCUGAAAGACUACAGCGGGAGACAUCAACAGGCACUGAUUUGAGAGUGUGGAGAGAGAUCAACUUGUUUAUAAACCCAUGUGAAUAUGAUAUAGUAUACACUGAGUGUACAAAACAUUAGGAACACUUUCCUAAUAUUGAGUUGCACCCCCUUUUGCCCUCAGA